UCGGCCGCCAUGAGCCACCCGUCGGGCCUCCGGUCCAGCGUCAGUUCCACCUACUACCGCCGCACCUUCGGGCCACCGCCCUCGCUGUCCCCGGGGCCCCUCUCCUACUCUUCCAGCUCCCGCUUCUCGAGCAGCCGCCUGCUGGGCUCGGCGUCCCCUAGCUCCUCCGUGCGCCUGGGCAGCUUCCGCAGUCCCCGGGCAGCCGCGGGCGCCCUCCUGCGCCUGCCCUCGGAGCGCCUCGACUUCUCCAUGGCCGAGGCCCUCAACCAGGAGUUCCUGGCCACGCGCAGCAACGAGAAGCAGGAGCUGCAGGAGCUCAACGACCGCUUCGCCAACUUCAUCGAGAAGGUGCGCUUCCUGGAGCAGCAGAACGCGGCCUUGCGCGGGGAGCUGAACCAGGCCCGGGGCCAGGAGCCGGCGCGCGCCGACCAGCUGUGCCAGCAGGAGCUGCGCGAGCUGCGGAGGGAGCUAGAGCUGCUGGGCCGCGAGCGCGACCGGGUGCAGGUGGAGCGCGACGGGCUAGCGGAGGACCUGGCGGCGCUCAAGCAGAGGCUGGAGGAGGAGACUCGCAAGCGCGAGGAUGCGGAGCACAGCCUCGUGCUUUUCCGUAAGGACGUGGACGACGCCACCCUGUCCCGCCUGGAGCUAGAGCGCAAGAUUGAGUCUCUGAUGGAUGAGAUUGAGUUCCUCAAGAAGCUGCACGAGGAGGAGCUGAGAGACCUGCAGAUGAGCGUGGAGAGCCAGCAGGUGCAGCAGGUCGAGGUGGAGGCGACCGUGAAGCCCGAGCUGACGGCUGCGCUGAGGGACAUCCGUGCCCAGUACGAGAGCAUCGCGGCGAAGAACCUGCAGGAAGCAGAAGAGUGGUACAAGUCCAAGUACGCGGACCUGUCCGACGCCGCCAACCGGAACCACGAGGCCCUGCGCCAGGCCAAGCAGGAGAUGAACGAGUCGCGACGCCAGAUCCAGAGCCUGACGUGCGAGGUGGACGGGCUUCGCGGCACGAACGAGGCGCUGCUCAGACAGCUGCGGGAGCUGGAGGAGCAGUUUGCCCUGGAAGCCGGCGGGUACCAGGCGGGCACCGCACGGCUCGAGGAGGAGCUGCGGCAGCUAAAGGAGGAGAUGGCGCGACACCUGCGAGAGUACCAGGAGCUCCUCAACGUCAAGAUGGCCCUGGACAUCGAGAUCGCCACCUACCGGAAGCUCCUUGAGGGCGAGGAGAGCCGGAUCUCCGUGCCAGUCCAUUCCUUUGCAUCCUUAAGUAUAAAGACGACUGUGCCUGAGGUGGAGCCUCCCCAGGAGAGCCACAGCCGGAAGAUGGUUCUGAUCAAGACCAUUGAGACCCGGGAUGGGGAGCAGGUGGUGACAGAGUCUCACAAGGAGCAGCGCAGUGAGCUGGACAAGUCUUCUACUCACAGCUACUGA